AUGACAACAAACAAGCCUAUGAUAUGUUUCUAUACAGCACAUUCUCCCAACGGCCACAAAGUGGCCAUCACGCUGGAAGAGCUGGGCCUUCCGUACGAGGUCAAGCACCUCGACAUGUCCACCUUCCAGCAUAAGGAACCCUGGUUCUUGGACAUCAACCCUAACGGACGCAUUCCGGCACUGACAGACACUCUACCAGACGGGACUUCGAUCAGCCUCUUCGAAUCGGGGAGUAUCAUGCAAUACUUGGUGGACAGGUACGACGACGUCGACCAUAAAAUCUCGUACCCGCGGGGAACGAAAGAAUUUUAUCAAACGCAAAACUGGCUAUUCUUCCAGAACGCCGGGGUUGGGCCGAUACAGGGACAAGUCAACCACUUCGUGCGGUAUUCGCACGCCACCGAGCCGCAAACGUACGCGACAGAUCGCUACAUGAAUGAGACGCGCCGACUGUAUCGAACAGUGGACAAGCACCUGAAAGACACGCAGUCGGCGUAUCUGGUGGGAGACAAAUGCACCAUUGCCGACAUCGCCCUGACAGCGUGGGCGAACAUGUUGGCAUUUGCCGGCAUGGAUAUCGCCGACUUUCCGAACGUGAAAUCGUGGCAGCAGCGCAUGGCGAGCCGCCCGACGGUGCAGAAAGGAUUUAACAUCCCGGUCAAAGUCGACGUGGACAAGCUGUUGAACGACCCAGAGGCGUUCAAUGCCAUCGUGGCCAAGAACAAGGCGUGGAUUCGUCAGGGCAUGAUUGAUGAUCGGAAGCAAUGA